GCUCCCUCCCCCUCCCUCCCUCUCUCUCUCUCACCACAGGUGCUGCUACUGCGGAGGGCGCCUACUGCUAGUUCGGGCCAGAGGGGAUGGAGCGGUUCGGCGUGCUGGGCACGCGGCUGGGUCUGGACGGCGGCGGCGGUGGAGGCGAGCUGCCGCCUGGGUUCCGGUUCCACCCGACGGACGAGGAACUCAUCACCUACUACCUCCUCCGCAAGGCCGUGGACGGCACCUUCUGCGGCCGCGCCAUCGCCGAGAUCGACCUCAACAAGUGCGAGCCAUGGGAGCUCCCGGACAAGGCGAAGAUGGGUGAGAAGGAGUGGUACUUCUACAGCCUCCGCGACCGCAAGUACCCGACGGGCCUGCGCACCAACCGCGCUACGGUGGCCGGCUACUGGAAGGCCACCGGCAAGGACCGCGAGAUCCGCAGCGGCCGCACCGGCGCGCUCGUGGGCAUGAAGAAGACGCUCGUCUUCUACCGCGGCCGCGCCCCCAAGGGCCAGAAGACGCACUGGGUCAUGCACGAGUACCGCCUCGAGGGCACCUACGCCUACCACUACCUCCCCAACUCCACAAGGGACGAGUGGGUGAUCGCGCGGGUGUUCCAGAAGCCCGGCGAGGUCCCGCCCGCCCGCAAGCACCGCCUCGGCCUCAGCAGCGCCGGCGGGGAGUCCUGCUUCUCCGACUCCACCUCCGCCUCCAUCGGCGGAGGCGGCGGCGGCGCGUCCGCGUCGUCCGCUCCGCGCCCGCUGCUCCCGGACGCCUCCUCGCUGUUCGCGGCGGCGGCUGCAGCCAGCGCCGACGCCGACAGCGGCUCCUACUGCGGCGCCGCCUCCGGCGCCAACGGCAACACCGUGGUCACCGGCCGUGAGCUCGUGCCCUGCUUCUCCACUACCACCGGCCCCCUGGAUGCCGCCCUCGGCAUCGGGCAGCCGUACAACCCGGCCCCGCUGGCCUUCGAGCCGCCGCCGGCGGCUUUCUUCUCGAACCUGCGCUCCAUGCCGGACAACCUCCAGCUGCCGCUGUUCCUCUCCGGCGGCCUGUCCACGGGCGCCUCGACGACGCUGGGCCCGCUCGGCGGCGGGGGCUUCCACUGGCCCGCCGCCGGCAUGGAGGUGAAGGUCGAGGGCCGCACGGCGCCGCAGAUGGCCGUCGGUCCCGGCCAGCUCGAUGGGGCCUUCGGCUGGGGCUUCUAGGUGCACAUAACUCCUACCUGGGCCACCGAUCAAUGGAUGCCCUGUGGUUUUGUGCAAAUCAAGUAUCUUAGUGAACGAUUAACUAGUGUUUGCUGUGCUCGUGUAAGAGCCUAAAUUAGCUGCUACUCCGAAGUGUUAGGGUUAUUCUGCUGUAGCUGUGUUUAUGCUCUGUGGUUACAUGUCUCUACCUGCAGUAGCAGGAUGUGACUGGCCAUGGAUUAGUAGAUCUAUCAGUCAGUUGGUAAAGUGAAGUGAAGUCUUCUAGCUAGCUUUGUUGAUGGAUUUGAUGUGUACCAGUGUAAUAGACCUAGUUGCUCCUGUGGAAUCCAUGAUGUAUCUGAUCGAGCAUGACGACC